CUCUCCAGGGCGUGGGGGCGGGACCAACAUCCGAAGCCCGGCAAAAACAGGCCAGGCGGCGGGGCGGGCAGACUAGUCCUGGACACUGGCGCUCAGGGCACCAUGAGCGGCCGAGUUGGGGACCUGAGCCCCCCGCAGCAGGAGGCUCUGACCCAGUUCCGGGACAACCUUCAGGACCUGCUCCCCACACUGCCCAAGGCUGAUGACCACUUCCUCCUGCGCUGGCUCCGAGCCCGGAACUUUGACCUGCAGAAAUCAGAGGACAUGCUCCGUAAGCACGUGGAGUUCCGCAAGCUGCAGGACCUGGACAACAUCCUUCAGUGGAAGCCCUCAGAGGUGGUCCAGCGGUACGACGCCGGUGGCCUGUGCGGCUAUGACUACGAGGGCUGCCCCGUGUGGUUCGACAUCAUCGGGACCAUGGACCCCAGGGGCCUCCUGCUGUCAGCCUCCAAGCAGGAGCUGAUCCGGAAGCGCAUCAGAGUCUGCGAGUUGCUUUUGCACGAGUGUGAACAGCAGAGUCAGAAGGUCUUCUCCUGGCCCCUGACUCUGCGUUUCCUGGUCACUAGCCUUCAGAGGGAAUCUAAUGCCAAGUGUGGCCGGGUUGGUUUUCUGGGCAGGAGGGUCGACACGGCCAUGAUGGUGUUUGACAUGGAAGGGCUGAGCCUGAGACACCUGUGGAAGCCAGCGGUGGAGGUUUACCAGCAGUUUUUUGCCAUUCUGGAAGCAAAUUAUCCAGAGACGAUGAAGAAUUUAAUUGUUGUUCGAGCCCCCAAGCUGUUCCCCGUGGCCUUCAACUUGGUCAAGUCGUUCAUGGGUGAGGAGACCCGAAGGAAGAUAGUGAUUAUGGGAGGCAACUGGAAGCAAGAGCUGCCUAAGUUCAUCAGCCCCGACCAGCUGCCUGUGGAGUUCGGGGGGACCAUGACCGACCCCGAUGGCAACCCCAAGUGCCUGACCAAGAUCAACUAUGGGGGCGACGUGCCCCAGCAUUACUACCUGCGCAACCACGUGAGGGUGCAGUACGACCACCAGGCGACCGUGGGCCGAGGCUCCUCCCUGCAGGUGGACAACGAGAUCCUGUUCCCGGGCUGCGUGCUCAGGUGGCAGUACGCAUCGGACGGAGGGGACAUCGGCUUCGGGGUUUUCCUGAAGACCAAGAUGGGGGAGCGGCAGCGGGCCGGGGAGAUGAUAGAGGUGCUGGCCAGCCAGCGCUACAACGCCCACAUGGUGCCCGAGGACGGGAGCCUCACCUGCACGGAAGCCGGCGUCUACGUCCUGCGCUUCGACAACACCUACAGCUUGAUACACGCCAAGAAGAUCAGCUACACCGUAGAGGUGCUGCUCCCCGACAAGGCCUCCGAGGAGAAGAUCCAGGGUCUCGAGGACUCAAGACAGUCCCCAGCACAGUGAAGACCCCGCCGCCCCUGUGCCCAAGCUCUCCGACCCCUCAGCACCCUGCCCUGUCCCUGCCCUUCCAGGCAGAGCGGUGCUGGAGGAGACCACGGAGAGCCUCCCACCUCACCUCGCCUCGCCUCGCCUCGCCUCGCCUCGCCUCGCCGUCUCAGCUCCUUGUGGGCCCACCUUGCUCGGUGGCCCAGCAGGAAGGGGACGCCUGGUGUGGGGCCCACGGGAAGAUCCUGACAGACACCCCAUCCCCUGUUCACAGGGAGAACCCUGAGGACAAGCUGGCAUCCAGGAGGAAAGGUUCUGCCUGCAGAAGCUGCCCUUAUGUCCUUCCCGACAAGGUGCCCCCCAUCCCAGGGCGCACCCCCGCCUGGCCCUGGUUUGGGGGGGAAUGUGCCUGAGCCCCGGCUGCAGGGAGCACUGCUCAGGCCAGAAGAGCAGGGAAGCCCCAUUCUCCGCAUGUAGGGGCUCUGCAGGGAUGCGCAGGGAGGCGGCUGGGGAGAGGGAUGGGCAGCGCUGGCGGGGGCGGGUCUCUUUUCUGACAGAGCGUCAGCUCUCCAGGUUGGCUCUACCGCCUUUGGAGGGAAAAUCAGAAAUAGAGAGUGAGCCCUGGCAGGGACAGCCAUCAGGGGGAUGAGCCACACUCAGGCUUCCGCAGAGCCGAGUCUCCCUGGAAUUCCCAGUAUCCCCCACCCCACCCCCACCCGCUGUGAUCCAGCCGACUUUCAGCCUGGUUUCUUUCCGGCUCUGAGUGGGGCCAGGACCCAAGCAGCGCUGGAGGGAGCUGCAGUGGGCGUGCUGGGGUGCAGAGUGGAGCUGCCAUGCCAGGGCGCCCAUCCUGGACUCGGACUUGCUCCUUAGGAGAACCAUCAUCAGGCUUUUCCUCCAUCUUUGCGUCUCACCAGGGGGACAGCUGAAGGUUGGCUGCCAACCCUCCUUCUCCAGCGCCCCAAAUGCGACUCGGCAGCGGGCCAGUGAAGGCUUUAUUCCUCAAUGGCUGGCUCUCCCAGGCCCACAGCCCACAGUCAGGACCACCACCUGCUCUGCUGGAAGGACCGCACCCAGCAGGAAGCUGCCAAGCUGACUAUGGCUCUGAGGUUGACUCUAGUUGGCAAUGAGGCCAUCUACUGGGGCCUGGGUGUGCUGCCCCGCCACCCUGCCCCCUGCCCCCUGCCCUCUGGCUGGGCCAGGCCAGCGGCCCCCAGUUCCUCUGAAGACCUGGCCCCAGGCUCUGGACCCCUGCUCCCAUACUG